AUGCUUCGGUUCAUGAACGCAAUCACAGACAAGGAGAACUGGCAUGUAAAGAUCCUCGAUGAAGCUAUCGCUGAAAAGUGGAAGACAGAAGCUAUCGAAGCAGCUCGAGCAGAAUUCAUAAGGGCCAGGGACGACCCAUCCGUGUCGCACAGGGGCAAGCAAGACGACGCUAGCAACGCAGAGAGCACCAACGAAGCAGAAGGCACCAACAACAACAACCAGCUAGACGAUUAUCCCUUCUACACCGUCCCCAGGGACGAAUCCUCCUUUACCACCGCCAUGGCCGACUACUGCAUCGACGAACUCCGUCACACCGCCCCCAACUUCCACACCUCUCCCAACGGCUCUAUCAUCGUCUACAACGGCAACGUCGUCAAAUCCGACUCCGCCGUCCCACCCGAAAUAAGGCGGCGCUGCAAAAGGCCUUUGUUUCCGCUGGUUUAUGGAAAGACGAAAGUCCUUCCUGUGGGUGCCAAGGUCACUAGUCUUGAAGCGGGGGACGCGGUAAAACGGUGUGGUCAAGGCGACGUCCUUCCUACGCUUUCAGCGCCGUCCGAGAAAUGUGAUACUGGGUAUUUCUCAUCUGGAACCACCAACCCGUACAGCAGCAAGUUUCAAUGGUUGCCUUGCGAUGUUGAUAUCUCAAGCGAUAGGGCAAAGAUCCUAUCCUACAUCAACAACCUACAUCCCGAUAAACACAAGGAUCUCUACCACGUCAUCGAAGACGUUAUCACAGCCUCGAUACCCCUCUGGAACAUAACCUUGGCCCCUCUCGCAGAUGCAAACUUUACCCACAGGAAAAGAAUACCACACCUCACAGUUGAGUUUGACCCCAAUCCCAGAGAGAUCCCUGACGACGAAGAGUGGAUCGAGAAGUACACGCGCACUAUCCUUCCCGAUAUCGAAGAACCUUUCAACGAGGGCCACGUACAGACGCCUGCCCCUUUCUCUCUGAAGGAGCGUAUGCAACAUGAACGACCUCUCCAAGUCAUCGUGAAACUUGCCAACAUCGAGUUGACUCCGGACAAACCGCACUAUCCUGGUGGGACGUGGCACGUCGAAGGUCAACUGAACGAGCAUAUCGUCGCCACUGCUCUCUACUACUACUCAUCCUCCAACAUCACCCCCUCCUCCCUCGCAUUCCGUCAGGUAUCCGAACUGGACGAAGCAGCAGUCCUAAGUCACCUAGAGUACCCACAGGGCGUCGUCCACUGGCUCAAGGAAGUAUACGGGUGCGAAGACCGCGAAGGAGCCGUCCAAUACGUCGGAGCCGUCGAGACUCGGGAAGGCCGUCUGCUGACAUUCCCCAACAUCCUCCAGCACCAAGUCCAACCAUUCUCCCUGAAUGACAAAACCAAACCCGGCCAUCGCAAGAUCCUCGCGCUGUUCUUGGUCGAUCCUCAUAUCCGAGUGAUCAGUACCGCUCAUGUCCCAGCCCAACGUAUGGAUUGGUGGAGAGAAGAGUUUGAGACGCCACCUAUGAACCUGAAGGGCAUCAAUACGGUUGGUCUGGAGAAGCUCCCGCUGGAACUGCAGGACCAUGUUUUGGAUGGAGUCGACUUCCCCAUUAGUCUUGCUGAGGCUAAGCAGUUGAGGGGGGAGCUGAUGGAGGAGAGGAAGAAUUUCGUCUUGGAUCACGGACGGGCAUUUGAAGGAUCGAUUUGCUUUUCCCUUUGCGAACACUAG